AUGGAAGCCUCUGCCAGUGCCGUUCCAGCCCAGCGCUCGCACACCCUCCGCACUCACAGCAAGCGGAAAGCCGAGUCUACCGAUGCAUCCGCAACUGAGGGCCCUUCCGCAAAGCACUCCUGCCCCAGCCGUUUCUCGACGUCCGCCGCGACUUUCUCCGUCUUCGACAUUCCCACAGGCCACCUUCUUGACCAUUUCACGCUCGAACCCACCGUCCUGGGCGCCGGCCAAUACGGCACCGUCCGUCAAUGCGCCGACAGAUUGACCGGCCAGCGAUUUGCGUGCAAGACGAUUCAAAAGAGCCGUUUGGUAACGGAUGCGGCUCGCACUGAAGUCCGACGUGAGGUCGCUCUCAUGUCCCGCGUCGCGAACCACCCAGGCGUGGUGGGCCUACGAGCUGUUUUCGAAGACGACAAAGAGGUACAUCUGGUGAUGGAUCUGUGCGAAGGCGGCGAACUAUUUGACGAGGUUGUGCGAUUCGGGAGGCUGUCAGAGCGCGACGCGGCACUCAUUUUCCGGCAACUGGCCUCCGGUGUCGCUUUCUGCCACUCGCGCGGCGUGCUUCAUCGCGAUCUUAAACCUGAGAACAUCCUCCUCCACAGAUCAGCCCCAUCUGGCGCCGUCCCCGCAUCUCCCGCCGCAGAUCCCGCUCUCGCCGCGCCUCAGUCCCUGGAAUCCCGCGGCCUUACAGCGAAACUUGCAGAUUUCGGCCUUUCGAUCGCUCUGGAUAACGGACGCAUGGGGUACGGUACAGCGGGCUCGCCCUUUUACAUGUCUCCCGAGGUACUCACUGGCGAGUAUGAAUACGCAGCCGACGUGUGGUCUCUGGGCGUGAUUCUCUACAUAAUGCUCUGCGGCCGACCACCGUUCUGGGGGAAAACCGACGCCGCGGUGUACGAUGCGAUUCUGCGCGGGAAACUGGACUUUUCGGGGCCCGCAUGGGCGGGAGUGUCGGUCGAGGCGCGCAGCCUGAUUCGAUGCAUGCUCCAGAGCGACCCGAGGCGGCGCCCGACGGCGGUGAAGGUGCUGAGUCACCCGUGGGUGCUGCUGCACCUGUACGGUAUCCGCGCUUGUUUCUUCCGCCACCCCCUUCCGCCACCUCCACCAGUAAUCCAACAUCACAACCUGCGCAAGCAACAUCGCUACCGCCGUCGCGACCGUUGCCGCCACACGUCGCAAACCCCUACGCAGACGAUCCGUAAGAUGCGCGUCGCAGAUGACACCGCGACGAGCUCUCAUCCGCUAGGCGCGAAUGGCGAUCGCGGCGCCGAACUAGACGAUCGAGACGGAAGCGCUGCGCGCGCUGCUGCUGAAGUAGGCGGACUAGACGCCGCUGCGGGUAAUGCGCGCAGAGGUGGCGGAGUCGGCGGAAGCGCUGGGGGGGAGGGCGGGGGAAACGCGGAAGGGCAGGAUUGCGGAAGGGCGGAGCAGAACGACGGGGGAGGGGGAGCUGCCGCCCCCGCGGAUCCCCCCCAUCGUGUUCGGUUCAUGCAGCUGCAGAAGUUUCUGCGAAGCUGCGACGAAUCUGACUAUAGCGCCCUCACCACAUCGCUCCUGUCCAUGUCAGCGUGGGAUCGCAGCCAGUUUGCCGCCCACACGGAGAAGAGGGCACUGCAGCUGGGGGCGGAGGAAGCCCUUGAAAUGAAGCGGGUGAAACGGCUCAACGUGCUCGGGAUGAGGCGGCAAGCAACCAACCAGCAGAGCACUCAAGAUCAGCCUUUAGAGUCACACCCACUCCCGCCACACACGCACUCACAACCUCCACUGUCACACCCGCUUGUGUCACAUUCUCAAACACAGGUGGAGUUGCAUCAGGGGUUGCAGGCUCAGCCGCAGUAA